UCACAGUCGACCUCGGCUCUGGUUCACCAGGAAAUGAUAACAAGCCUUUCAACGGAGCAAACUUUGGCUUCUGUAGAGCCAGUCACGCCAUCCGAGGAGAAGGGGCCUGCGGAAGCUCCAUGUGAGGAUGAGAUUCCGGUCAUCACGGUGGCCUCUGUGGACAUAAUCCACCAGCCUUCUCCACGGUUGCCAGAACCAGAACCGAGGGUCAUACUUCCGUCCCUUUCUGAUGAUCCACAGGAUGUUAUUCUUCCUUCAACAUCACCAACAUCACCAGAGCUUCCGAAUGACAACAUCACCAACUCGUCCGUCAUGUCCGAAGCGUCUCAAAGUUCCGCAUCACCUUCCACCCAUACGUCCGCGCCCACAUCAACAUCAUCUCCCUCCAUCUCUCCACCUCAUCCUCUUCUGGUCGAACUCACCAAAGUCAAGGACAGAUAUGACACCCUUCAGCGCGCUUUCCGCGACUGUCAUCUCACUCUUCGGGACUUGAAAGGGACUAUACCAACACUACCUCUAUCACCGUCUCUCUCCGUGCUUCAGACUGCUGUAGCGCGACUAGAUGAUUACAACGAAGACGCACGUGUAGAGCUCGAAAUCCGGGUUUCCGACGAGGAACGCAUCACACGGGGCUACGAGACGCUUUUGUCCGUGCAAGGCGCCCUGUCGUCCGAAGCCGAGGCCGGGGAAGUGGAGGCUGCCGUGCGCGCCUUCGUGGACGGGACUGAAGCUGCGGUCGCACGGGCACAGAGUCAGUUCUCACGCAAACUCGACGAUCUGGAACACGACAUUGCGGCUGUCAAGCGGCGGGUCCACGAGCUGCCUCUUGCGCUCGAACCGGAGGAGACAGACCUCAAUCCGCUCAAUUCUGGUGCAAAUCCGUCGUGGACUUCGCUCGCAGCGGGUUUCUUCGCGCCGCCCAGACCUGCGAGUCCCUCUAUCACGUUCGGCUCCGUCAUGACAUCUCCACGUCUGCGACGCCCAGCAUCGUCCGCACACAUGCAUGUGCGUAGGGGCUCAUCAGACUCCGCCGCAGGAGGAUUCUCGCCUGCGCUCGGUGACAGAAGUCCGUUCGCGGCACUCGACCUGCGCAUUCCGAUGCCGAAUGUGGUAUUUAACGCAACGCCGUCACUCGCCAGGCCGCCGCCGCCUCGGGCCCGGACGAUGUCUGGGAUGUAUAUGCUGGGACUCGGUAUGCGGAACCCAUCACUUGUGGGGACGGGCAAUGGCACUGCAGGAAAGCCGCGCUCGGCUUCUAUAAUCUCGCUGCACAAGCCUGCACCGCCAGCGGUGAAGGCGGUGGAAGCGGUGGAAGAUGAGACUUCGGAUGUAGAGUAGCUGCUUGCAUGAUGACAGUGCGAAUAAUGAUAAGGUAUCAGUCACGUAGUUUUCUCGACACAGGUACCAAGCGCUAAGCGCUCGAUGUGGACAGUUGGGGUGUAUGCUUUCCUGAUUACCUCGUAUACCGGCUAUACUC